AUGGCUCGGCGUAAGGGUCACGCAGCAGCUGCCUCUGGAGACCGCAAAGCCUCGGCACCUGGAUUGCCCGAAGCAGCAGCAGCUGCUGCUGCUCCAGCAGCUGCUGCUGCUGCGCCUUCUUUGCAGCUGCUGCUGCCAGAAGCUGACAAAGACGGGGCAAAUGGCAUGCCCAACACUGCAGCUGAGGCUGCGAGCAGCAGCACCCCCAGCAGCAGCAGCACCAAUAACACCAACAGCAGGAGCAACAACAAUAACAGCAGCAGCAGCAGCAGCAGCAGCGGCAGCAUUUCCUUGAGUAGGGAGCAGCAAACUGCUGCUGCUGGCCAAGUGUCCUCUAAGGGACUCUCCCCUGCAGCAGAGGAUCCAGGCGGGGCCCUCUCAAGUUCAGGGGAAGUGUCUCCUUACAGCAGCAGCAGCAGCAGCAGCAGCGGGAGCAGCAGCGGGAGCAGCAGUUCCCCCGCGGCCUUCGAGGACUGCCGGGAGACCUCGGAGGAGAACAGCAGCAGCAGCAGCAGCAGCAGCAGCAGCAGCAGCAGCAGGAGCGCGCCGGUGGGGGCGCCGGCGUCGAGCGUGACUGCGCAGAGCGUAGCAGCAGCAGCAGCAGCAGCAACGGCGCUGGCAGCAGACGCAGCAGCAAACGCAGGCAGCGUGGACUUGCUGUCGGUGGCGUUUCGAGUGCAGCAAGACCUGCGGCUGUCGCCGCUGCAGCGGCAAGUUGCUGCGCAGCGCGCUGUUGCUGCUGCGCUGGAGCAGCAGCAGCAGCGCUUCCGCGGCCGCAGCAGAAAGGGGCGGCUGCUGUGGGCAGCAGGCCCGCAGCAGCUAGACGCAGCCACGGGCCGCAAUGCCUGGAAACGGAGACCCGACAGCAAACUUUUUGAUGCAAUUGGAGUUAAAAUGUCUCUUCAAAGACUGAGAGAAAAAAGACAAAAAAAACUUUUCAAAGAUCUGGCUCAAGAAACCCUCGAGGCCCUCCAGGGCCACGCGCAGGCGGCUCUCAAGGAGGCCCUCUACAGUCGUUCUUACUUCGGAACAAAAGAUUUACUUGAAGAGUUUCUUUCCGAGCUGCGGCUCGCGCUUGCUGCACUUGGGGUGUACGUACACCUCGACCCCCAGCUGCGCCAGGCGCUGCAGCAAACUGUCCAAGACAUCAGAAGCCAGUGGAAGACCACUGCUUUGGUCCUCAGCGGCGGAGCCAUGCUGGGACUCCACCACUUCGGCCUAAUUGAGGCGCUGCUCUUCAAUAAUGAAACCGGAGAGAAUCUUUUGCCUUCUGUGAUAGCUGGGUGCAGCGCGGGAGCAGCAGUUGCUGCUUGGCUGGGGACUCGGACGGACUCGGAGCUGCGGAAGGAGCUGCAGGAGGUGUACAUACACCAGGCGUUCAGGGGCCUUUCCCCCAACAACUGGUUUGUGCGGAUUUGCAAUGUUGUCAAAAGGGGUGUUCUUAACAUUGCGAUGACGAGAGCAGACAGAGACGGAGAAGUGCAGUUGACAUGCUGGUUUGCUGCUGCUGCUGCGCUGCUGCUGCAGCUGCUGAACUACCGCAACGCGCCGAACGUGGUGGUCUGGUCUGCUGUUUGCUGCUCCUGCGCUUUUCCCUUUUUGACUCUUCCAAUGCCUCUUUUGGAAAGAGACAAAGACAACAAAUUAAAUCUUUAUGCUGCAGCAGCAGCAGCAACUCCUUAUUUCCACGACGGCUCCCUCAGCGGGGACGUCCCCCUCAAGGCCCUCACUGCUGCCUGCGGGGCCCUUUUCUCUAUUGUCUCUCAGGUUAACCCCCAUGUCUUCCCUUUCUCAGGAAUACGCGCUCACGGCGAAGCAGGAAGGCCUGUGAGCUGGAGAGGCGCUGGCGGUCAGUGGCGCGGCGGUUUCAUUUUAUCGGGUCUCGAAGUUUUCUUAAAGGAGCACCUCCGGUUUCUGCUGCGUCUCAUUGCACUGCUGAACGUCAGCCCCACUCUCCGCGGCAUCAAUGCCAGGUCUUUGGCUCUACAGCCGUACACUGGGGACAUCACCGUCUGCCCCCGGAAGCUGCACUGGAAGCAUUUGAAGCUCAUGAAUGAUCAGUCUUUAGAAGACGUUACUUGGUAUGUCCAAGAAGGGAGACUUAUGGCUUUUCCAAAGCUUCACCUCAUCAGCAACAGAAUGCAAAUCGAGAAGGGCAUAAAUGCCCUUGUUGCUGCGGUCAAUGCAGCAGACAACCAACAUGCUGCUGGGAGAUGCAGCAGCAGCAGCAGCAGCAUCACCAGCAAUAGCUAG